AGUAUGCAUAAACUGAAGAGAGAAUUACCAAUAAUGUUUAACCGACGUUUCACACACGACUAUUUCACGAAAAUAGAGAAAAAAGUCAAAAGAAUUACCGAAAAGGACUGGAUGAUUACAAUAUUUGCCGUAAGAGUAGAUGCACAUUACAAUCUAUGGGAAAGAAUAACAGAUGGAAUUAUAAGAGCAUGGUCAUUGGAAGAAAAAGAUGACUCAAGUAAUGGAGGCGAAUACAUUUCGAAGUACGUUGCAAACAUUGAUGGUCUAACAAGAGAAGAACUUUUUGCUGGUUACAGAAUAAAUACUGCAGAUGAACGAAAGGGCAAAAAGGACGAAGACGAAAACAAUCGACUGCAAAAAGUAUAUAUGAUCGCAUUUCUUGGUGAAAAUACAGAAACCAUAAGACACGUUCUAACAAAUAACACUUAUUUCUGCUUGUCGAAGGAAACCUUCAAAGAAAUAUGGAAACAGAAGACUAGUUCAAACAGUAACACAACUAUUAUUCGCCUACUAAAGAGUGUGCAUCCUGACGGUAUAAAAGACCAUAAAGCAGUACAAGGUAUAUCAGAAAAACUUCUCAAAGGUCUUUGUUUCUCUAAAAUUGGGAUGAUAACGUGCUGUGGGAAGAAAUUAAAAACAAAUCAAAACAUGCCUGACAACCAUGUUUCUGACACGUUACGAGUUGAAGUUUUCUUCAAUAAGAAGGACACAGCAGCUGCAAUAUGGUGCACAUGUCCAAAUCCAAUGAUGACUGCCCUGAUCUCCAGCAUGUAUCUUACUGCUUUGGCAAAUAUUGCAGAAGAACAGUUUGAGGAAAACCUGCAAGAGGAAUAUGAAUCUCAUGCAGAAUUAUUUUUGUCCCGCGCCGUAAAGCUUUUAGAAAAAAUGCAUGCUGAUGACGAAAGUAUGGCAAUAGCAGCCCUAGAAUACGUUUCCGAAAUGUGGGAUAAUAUUGAAAGUCCUUUGCAUUUUGCACAGCAAUUCAAUAUUGAAGAAUUCAUAUCUCACUCAAAGAUUCAGAUAGAUGCAUCAAGGAGAUUGUUUCCUGUAAACAAAAAUGCAAAUGAUAAAACUAUUAAAUCUGGUACUGCAUCAACGAAGGCAUCAGACAAUAAAUCGUCAAUUGAUGAUUCUGCAUCACAAACCACACCAGACACCACAACUUCAAGGCAUACAGAAACACAGAACAUGUCAAAUAAAACCACUGGAAAUACUAAAUCGGAUACUGCAUCAAAAAACACAUCAGACAGCAAAUCUUCAAUGGUUGAUUCUGCAUCACAAUCCAAACCAGACACCACAACUGCAAAGCAUACAGAAACACAGAACAUGUCAGAUAAAACCUCUGAAAAUACUAAAUCGGAUAGUGCAUCAAAAAACGCAUCAGGCAGCAAAUUUUCAAUAGGCGAUUCUGAAUCACAAACCACACCAGACAUCACAGCUGCAAAAAAUACAGAAACACAGAACAUGUCUGAUAAAACUACUGAAAAGGCAGCCGCAUCACAAAAUUUAUCAAAAAACAAUACUGCAUCAAGUACUGCACUAAAGACCCAAGAACCGCUACUAAAUUGUAAAACUUACCCAAUGACUAUCAGUGGGUGGUUUUCAUUUGUAAAGGACAACUGGAGGACUUCAAAGCAUGAUAUUUGCACAGCACCUGUAACAAAGAUAGCUGUUCACGUUGUAUUUUUUAUAACUGCUUUAAUCAUGUUCAGCUAUUUUCUCAUUGGAAACCUUGAUAAUGGUUCAAUAUCUCUACUAGAAGGCUUGGUUUUCAUUUACAUGUCGGGAGAUUUUCUAGAGGAAAUUUGGAGCAUGUUUCGACCGGAAAAAGAUUGCAUCUGGUCGCAUCAGAGAAUUAUUCUCCAUCUAUGGAACCUUUGGAACUGUUUGGAUGUGUUGUGCUCAAUCUUGUAUAUAGUGGGAUUUUGCGUGCAUAAUUUUGACUCAAUUUCAAUUGUACAUACUAGACGAAUCUACAGUAUUGCUUUGAUUAUCAUGUUCCUUCGGUUGCUUAACUUGCUUUUGCUGUCUAAAACUUUUGGUAUAAUAAUAAUUAUGGUGAAAGAAAUGCUUGCAGAUCUGCUCAAAUAUUUGGUUAUACUUACAAUCCUUAUAUUUGCUGCGGGUGUCGCUUACCAUGCCAAUGUUUAUCCAAACCAUCAAGUAGAGUUUUGGCGAAUAUUUACAAUCAUUAAGAUUCCAUACUGGCAGGUUUAUGGAGAACUGUAUUUAGACACAUUGGAAGCGUCUGAUCCAUCCAGUUGCACCGAUAACGCUACAAUAUGGAAAGCUGACGCAUCAGUUGACAGAUGUCCAACAGAAGAUUGGAUAACGCCAGUUAUUGCUGCUUUUUACAUGAUGUUGACAAACUGGUUGCUAUUAAAUAUUGUUAUUGCAAUGUUUGGUGCACGGUUUAAUGCAAUUCAACAAAAGUCCAAGCAGAAAUGGCGUUUCAAUCGACAUUCAGUUAUAAUUGAUUAUGAAGACAAAAUACCUUCACCGCUCAAUUUUCCAUGUAGAAUUCUAUCUUUGAUCAAGUAUUCUACACAAUGUUCUUGUCGAUGCUGUUCAUGUCCAUGCUGUUCAUGUCGAUGCUAUCGAUGUUCUUAAGAAUUGGAAAAUGGUGAUAUUGCAACAAUGUUGGCGAAACAACUUGAGUUUGCACAAAUAAUAAUUGAAGAAGAAAAUCAUCGAGCAUCACUUUGAGAAGUUCUGGUCUUUGACUUGUUUAGUUUUAUUACUUGAUAUUAAUGUAUAGUAGUAAAAUAAAGAUCUAGACUGACAGUUUUCGUGUUUGAAUUAUGUUACAUUGUUAUGUCUGAGCCUUUCAUAGCUCGCUAUGCGGUUAAGUUUUGUUAAUUGUUGAGAGCCAUGCUUUAAGAUAUUGUUUCAAAUUUUUCCCUUAUUUUGUGAAAAGUUUUCUUAAAAGCAUUUAUAUCACAUCUUGCAAUUGUUACAUCAUAGAUUACGGCACGGUUUGUUGUUCUUGAAAACACCUCAUAAUGCCCUUCAUUAUAACCAGAAAUUCGUUUUUACAAAAUUUUCAAUUAAAGAUUGUUCAAAGAAUUCUACCAUGUAAUUCAUUUUUAUUAUAAUGUAAAUUAAAAGAAACUGAAUUAUGUACAUUUUGUUCAGAAAUUAGAGAAAAUAUUUUUCACAUUUUUGGGAAUGCUACAUCUGGCUAUCCAUUAUAGACUGGAUUAAAAAUUAUGGCAUUCUCUUGCCUUCAGUGCAAAAGAAGUCAUUUUAGGUGUGUCUGAGGAUUUUGUCAACAGUAAACAGUUAAUAAUAUUUUGUUGUUAUUUAAAUAUUAUAUAUACAAAUGUAGAAGUAAGAACAUAUCCCCCACAAAAUAAUAUGGGAUAUGUUCUUACUUCUACAUUUGUAUAUACAAUAUUUAAUUGAAGGCAAUAUUUAAAAUAUUGGAUUAAUAUAGAAAAAUAUUCUGUAUGUUUCUUAACCCCUGUACAAAAAUGGAUCAGAAGUGGCAUUCGUCAGAAGCAGCUUUUAAUUAAUUAACAAAAUCAGUUGUAAUAGUUAAAUCUUAUUAUAUCUUUAUGACUUGAUUGAUCUUAGAAGUGUUGACUAAUAUUUUAUAAUUUGUGUCUAAUACUGUAGUAUGUAAUUUCACAUGUUUCGUCAUGAAAAAUACAAACAAUACAAAAAAAAAAAAAAAACACCUCAUGAAACCUGAUUGUAAACGAAAAGAACGAACUAAACUGAUCUUAAAUCACAAAUAGUUGAACACUUGUUAGUCUUAACAGCUUUAAAGAACUUCCCUGCAUCAUACGUUUAGGUAAAAUGUGGCUCUUUAAGUAUGAGUGUUAACUAUCUCUGUUGUGCAUACGUGUGGUAUUAAAAUCUUGUCAAAGAUGGGACACAUUAUCAAAACCAUAGCUUGUCCAUGAAUACUUCCUUCAUGAACUCAGAUUCACUUCAACCAGUUCCUAAAAAACUUAAAGCAGCAUUACGAUUGACAGAAUAAAGCUUCUUUUCUUUUUAAAAAAUCCUUGGUAGUACCAUACCAGAACUACCGUUUGAUUUUGAAAAUUUAUGAUUUGUUCACCUACAGUUAUGGACGGUUGACGGUCAAAUCGAUAAAAGGUGAUUUCUACAUGGCAUGCACUAAAUCUAGUAUGCUUGGAUCAAUUUAGUACACACCUAACACUAUUGUUGGUAUUAGUGAAACUUGACUCGCUUUUAAUAUUAAUUUUUUAAAUUGUUUCAAUUGUAAGCUAAUACAGGAAAUAUGUAGUAGGGUUUCAACUUUGUACCAACUGGUUAACUACAAGUUCUCAUAAUAUGCCGUUAACUAUUACAUGGAUUAAUCGAUUAAAAUAUUAAAUACAGGUUGAAUGCAAGCAACUUUAGGGAAAGAUGAUUUUUGUUGUUUUGUUCACGUUUUCUUAUUCAUUUCUAUAAUACACUAUGUCUAGCUAUCAUUUUUUUUUCGAUUUCGGGUGUGUUGGUAUUAGGCCGGUAAAUCAGAAUAAUUUAUCAAAUAUUCCAUGUUACGCUGACAAUGUACCGCUGGUAUAGUCUCUGUGUCUCAGGUGUAAAUCUGAUUGGUUAUUAUUUGGUUAUAACGUUUUUUAAGCAAUACAUUACUUUAUAAAUUUCCAGUGCCUAAAUAACCAAAGUACGCAGAAUUGCAUGUUUCUACGUUCAGGCAAGGUACAGUUAGACGAUUUUGGCAAAACGUAUGAUGCCCUUUUUUGUUUGUUUGCUCUAUACUUUUCCAGUUAUUUGAUUUCUUAUUUGUACUCAAUUUAAUCAUUUUCUGCAGGCAAUAUCAACCCUAUGCGGUGUUAGCUGUUAAUUUUAAUAUUUUUGGCUAAUUUUUUUUCAUUAUAUUACCUACCGAACUUUUGAUAAUUACUCUCAUACCCAGUCGUCUUCCUGAUGACGGUUAUGCUAAAUGUGUAUUACUAUAAAUAACUAAUACAGGUUAAUGUAGAUGCAAUGUUUAAUUAUUUUAACUACAAAAAUAUCUUAAAUAUAAGUUACAAAAUGUUGUUGAAAUUAAUUUUAUAUUUGUUUUGUUCAGAAAGUAAACAACAUUGUGAUUAAUGAUAUUGCUCGAUUUGAUAUAUGUAGGGUCAAUUACUUAUGCUGAAAUGCUGUGGAUUCGCCUAUUUUAGAGUGUAUCUAUUUACGUGGAUUGAAGAAAAAUUACUUUUUCGUUGAUACGUGAUUAUUGGUUUUGCCAAAGUUUGCAUUCAAUCCUUAACAAAAUGUGUACUUGGUGAAUAUUUAAAUGUGGUGUUCAUCUAUAUCCAUGAAAUAAACAAAAAGUGGUAUCUAACGAAUAAAAAUGAAUCCACAGUAUUUUAUUUUAAACAGAAGUUGUGACCCUUUUAUAUGUAUUUGUGUGCUGUGGGUUGCAUGUUUAUUAUAAACUAUAAAAACAUGAGCAAGCUUUUACUUUGUGAUUUUUUUUUAAUAAAGAUAUUAAGUGUC